AGCAGCGGCGCAAAUAUAUGACGUUAUGUGAGCGUCUUACACAGGGGUCCUUCAAACAUUAAGAAUGGCUGUCUAUACAGAUGCCUGUCAGGCAGUGUCCGGGGCACUCUCCCGCCGGCUCUCCCGCCUAUCACCAGGCGCUGCACAGUAGUACACCACAGUGACAGAUAGAACCUUGGAGUCACCGAUUCACACACACAUACCACCGUCACAUCUAGAGCUCCUAUAAGGGAGACCUCUGUACAUGUACUCGGGGAAUGGGGACUGGCAGCCGGAAUAGAAUGUUGAGAUCCUAGCAGACGAUGCGUGACUCUUGAGUACUACUAUAACAUAGUGACUGUAUAGCCGCCAGUGUGUGUGCUGCCCCGCACCAGGUACAUUAUCUCCCGUAUAACUCACCGGCCGCUGCCAGCAUGUCUCUACCUCCGGAGAAAGCCACAGAGCUGAGGCAAAUCAUCCAUGAGCAGCUCACCCGUGUAAGUACCGGGCAGAUGGAUGUUCAUGGCAAAAUACGUGAGGUCCUUGCUGAAACGUUAAAGGAUGAAUUAGAGGAUGAAAGCCAUAACUUCUCAGAAGAAGAUCUGAUGAAAGCUUUGAGGAGGAGAGGAAUCAUUGAUGAUGUCAUGAAGGAGCUACAUUUCAGUGAGGAUGGCCAUUUAAGAGAAUUCACGUCUACCCCAAAACCAGCAACACAUUUUAUUGAUAAAGAACCAAGAACACUAAAAAAAACUAAUAUAGACCCAACUCGCCGGUAUCUCCAUCUCCAGAUCAUGGGAGGAAAAGCAUUUCUGGAACAUCUCCAAGAAGCUGAUCCUUUGCCGGGUCAGGUGUGCUCCACAUUUACUCUCGGCUUGCACUUUAGAAACCAACGCUUCCGCUCCAAACCCAUCCCCUGUGCCUGCGACCCGGACUUUCAGGAUGGCUUUUUGUUGGAAUUACAUAAAGACAGCUUAGGUGAUGGAAGCAGGAUGGCUGAUGCUACCACCCUAUUAUCAAUCUGUGACCCUGUGCAGCUGGUGCUAAUCAAGACGGAUACAAGUGGAGAAACCACUUUAGUAGCGUCCCACUUCCUGGAGUGGCGGUCCUUACUGGGAAUAGAUAGGGGGGUGACCAGUCUCGCUGUGGAGCUCCAUGGUGUGGGUGCAGAGUGCAAAAUCCCAGUUGGAAUUUUGAAUGUGAAACUUGAAAUGUAUCCUCCUCUGAACCAAACCCUGUCUCCAGAGAUUGUCAGCACUCAGCUUACUUUAGAACGACAGAAGGCUGCUGAGAAAGAACGUUUGUUUUUGGUGUAUGCAAAGCACUGGUGGAGGGAAUACCUACAGAUACGACCAUCCCAUAGUACGAGACUUGUCAAGAUCUUUGCACAGGAUGAAAACUGGGUAAAUCGGCCCGUUUGUUGUUACGUAAGUCCCCUUAGAGCAGGGCGUCUAUUGGACACUCCCCGGCAAGCGGCUCGCUUUGUAAAUGUGUUGGGCUAUGAAAAGGCCCCAGUUGUUGGCGGUGGUGGUAAGCAGGAGCAGUGGAGCACCAUGCUGGCUUUUCUCUGUAGAAAUAAGGGUGAUUGUGAAGACCAUUGCAACCUUCUGUGCAGCCUUCUUCUUGGCUUUGGACUGGAUGCCUAUGUGUGCGUUGGUACAAAAGGAAGGGGAGUGGCUCACACAUGGGUAAUGACUUGUGGAACUGAUGGAGCAGUUACCUUCUGGGAGAGUUUGACCGGACAGAGAUAUAUCCAUAAACCUAUCAACCCAGAUGACCCUCCGAUGGUGGAACAGCACAAGCCCCUCUAUCCGUACAGAACCAUAGGCUGCAUCUUUAACCAUCAGCGGUUCUUGGCCAAUUGCCAGCCUUCAGAUUCGGUUGAUUUGUGCGUGUUUGAUCUGAAUAAUGAAUCCAGGUGGAAGCCAAUGAGUGAGGAAGCCAUUAAAUCCAUCUGCUCGCCAGGAGCUACCACCUCCCUCCCUCCGUUCCCUCCACUCUGCAGCUCACUGGUUGAUGCAGCCACAGAAAGUAAUGACAUUGAACUACAGCUGCGAGUUCUUGUGUCUGAGCACAGAAAGGAUCUAGGCCUCAGCACAGUUUGGGAUGAUCAGCUAUGUUAUCUUUUGUCACCUGCUCUGGCAGCAUAUGAGAUUGAGCGAGCAACCGGUAUCUCGGCAGGCAAUGAGGAAUUUCAAGAUUCCAUAAGGAGAGCUGUGCCUGAUGGUCAUACAUUCAAAGGGUUCCCUAUUCACUUUGUGCAUCGGAAUGCAAGAAGGGCUUUUGCUACAUGUCUGCGUUCUCCAUUCUGUGACGAGAUUGUUGGCUGUCGGGGAGAUCAGAUGCGGCUGGCGGUACGAGUGCGAGUUUUUACGUACCCUGAAUCAGCAUGUGCCGUGUGGAUUAUGUUUGCAUGUAAAUAUCGCUCUGUGUUAUGAAAUAAACUUUUUCGCUCCAUCUUCUACCAACCUAGGAAAACCUUGUUUAUAAGAAUUUUUAAUACAUACUGUAUAUUCUAAUAUAUGUAACAAUUUAUUUAUUUUUUUAAUGUUAUAAUGAAAGAUUGCUUCAUAUAAUAAAAUAUUUUUGUUAAUUUUUUUUCUCAAUGAAA